AUGUCUCACCUCCUCUGUGCCUUAUUGUCCUUGUUUUCCUUCGCUGCCCUACUGGAAAGUGCCCAGUGGAAACUGCAGGAAAAUGUGUUUGUCAUCGAAUCCCAGUGGGACGCUGAGGCCCCGGCCACCAGGGUGGAGCUCACCUGUGACACCUCUGAGGAAGCUGUUUACUGGGAAAAGGACUCGGAAUGGAAGCAAGAAGGGAAGACUCUGACUGCUGCCGUGAAGGAGCUGCCAGAUGCUGGAAACUACAGCUGUCUGAGCCAGGAGAGCCACGAGCUGCUGAGCUCCACCCUCCUCCUCAUCGCCAGAAUCGACUCCAAGGGGCAGAUGAUCAGGGGGAUCCUGAAGAGCUUUACAGAGCCCAAGUGGACAUUUUUGAAAUGUGAAGCAAAGAACUACUCUGGAAUUUUCACAUGUUCCUGGAUGACAGAAAAUAACAGCCCAAAUGUGAAGUUCACCAUCAGAAGCCUGGAAGGCCCCCAGGGAGACGUGUCCUGCAGCAGCCCCGUGGCUCUCACCAAGGGGGCUGUGACCACCUACACGGCCCAGUGCCACAAGGAGAACUUCUGUCCCUUUGCUGAGGAGCAGCAGCCCAUUGACAUCUUCCUGGAGGUCAUUGAUGAGGUGGAAUAUGAGAACUACACCACCAGCUUCUUCAUCAGGGACAUCAUAAAGCCUGACCCCCCCCAGUGCCAGUACGUGGCCACCAAUGGAACAGUGACCUGGACAUAUCCCAGAACCUGGAGCACCCCAAACUCCUACUUCCCUUUGACUUUCAAGGUCAAAGUUAAAAGCACAAAGAGACACAAAUACCAGGUGUUCGACACCGAGGAGCAGACCCUGCAGCUGCCAGCCCCGGGGCCAGCAGAGGUGUGGCUGCAGGCCAGGGACCGCUGCUACCUCUCCUCCUGGAGCGCCUGGUCCUCGCUCUGCAGGUAA